AGAUUGGAAAAAGCGUGCAAUUCUUCUCGCUAUUAUUUUUAAAAAUUGUGUUAAGUUUUACAUUCGUGUUUGACAACAAAAUAAAAUAGUUAAAUCAUUUUUGAAGUACCAAGAAGCUGAGCGGCACGCCACACGCGUUACCAUACCUUUUUCACUAGUGAACAUAGCUUUAUAUUAAUAAAUUAAAUACUUCUUUGGAGUGAUGUAACUGUUGAAGUCCAAGGUUCAAUUGCAUUUGUCAAGGUUGUACUAGAAAUCGAGAUGGCAGAAAAAAGAAAAAAGUUAGUUUUUAUUGAGAAUUUUAUUCUUUCUGGCUCUGCUGCUGUCAUUUCAAAAACCUCUAUAGCCCCACUUGAACGGGUGAAACUUCUGAUACAGAAUCAAGAUGAGCUAAUUAAACUCGGCAGACUUAGUAAGUCUUAUAAUGGUAUCAUUGAUUGUGCCAUUACAACAUUCAAGUCAGAGGGUAUCCUAUCAUUCUGGAGAAGCAAUUUUAUCAAUUGUGUCAGGUAUUUCCCAACUCAAGCUUUAAACUUUGCCUUCAAAGAUCACAUCAAAGGAGCCUUCCACUCAUCCCCCGGUGAAUCCCAUGCCAGGAAGCUGGCUAAGAACAUUUUUAGUGGCAGCACAGCAGGCGCCUUGUCCAAUUGCUUUGUUUAUUCUUUGGAUUAUGCCAGAACCAGGCUGGCCAUGGAUGCCAAAUUCUCUGGCAUUGGCAAGUCUGAUAGACAGUUCACAGGAGUGAUUGAUGUGUACAAAAAGACUUGGGCAGCCGAUGGUAUAGCUGGUUUGUACAGAGGGUUUAGUGUAUCCAUAGUUUCAAUCAUGGUGUACCGAGGUUUCUAUUUUGGACUUUAUGAUAGUUUAAAGCCAGUUCUGCUGACGGAAAAUUCUGGGAUUUUAGUGUCUUUUGCUCUCGGAUACAGUGUUACAGUAACGGCAAACCUUCUGGCUUAUCCGCUGGAUACAAUAAGACGCAGGAUGAUGCUGAGGUCAUGUGAGAAAGUGCAGUACCGUAACGCUUUGGACUGCGCUUCUCAGAUAUACAAACAGGAGGGGGCAAUGUCUUUUAUGAAAGGUGCUGGCGCCAACAUCAUCCGCAACAUAGCUGGCGCAGGUGUGUUGGUUCUGUUUGACAGGUCCAAGGACAUUUACCUUCAGUGGCAGCAUAGUAGACUGUAAGCAGGGAAGUUUUUAUUUGACAGUUCACAUUCUAUUUUCUGAUUGUAAUAAACAUUAAUAGUCCAUACAUUCAUCGACAGUUUCAUUAGCUGGCGAUCUCUUUCCCAGUGGAUGAGAGUCCUUUGUUUUUAAAAAUAUCAAUUCAAUGAAUCACUUUUUGUAAAUACAGUAUUUUUCUAUCUGUAACAUUAUAAAAUAUUUUUACAUGCUAUUAAUUUUUUAGCUGAAACUCAGUAUUGUUUUUAUUAAUAAGAAUAAAAUGUUUUUAUUAUA